CAUGCUCGCCAUGCGUUUGUCGAUGUAGCGUGUUUUAAACUGAAUACACUCUGUAGACUUGCAGUAUAUUAUACAGCACUGCUGGGUUAUAACGUUCUUGUUGCAUAAAUAUUAUAAAAAAAUAACUGAUACAUGGCACCCAAAAAAUCUGUUCGUAAAAUAAAACCUGGAAAACGUCCAGUAUCCAAACUGCCGUAUAAUGACUCCGCAGAAACAUCUGAUGACAGCAAUGAAGACAUAGUUGCGAAUGGGCAUGGAGUUAAACGGCAUCUGCCUGAUGAUACUUCAGUGAAAAAGAAGAAGAAGAAGCCUGAGAAGUUAGAAAACACUAAAAACAAUGAAGAUGGAAGUGGUGAUGACAGCGGACAGGAAGAGCUGGAAGAGGAAGCUACGGCAUGCGAUGUAGCAAAAAUACUACCUGGAUCCGCUGUAGGUUUGGAAAUAAUGAACAGUGCUGCGUUCUCAUCCCUGAAAGACAAAGUAUGUGAAAAUACCCUGAAGGCAAUUGAAGAUAUGGGUUUUGCUAACAUGACUGAAAUUCAAGCCCGAUCAAUUCCUGCCCUACUCGAAGGACGAGACCUUGUCGGGGCCGCUAAAACUGGUUCCGGAAAGACACUAGCAUUUUUAAUACCAGCCGUGGAACUCAUCUACAAGCUGAAGUUCAUGCCACGAAACGGUACUGGCUGCAUUAUCAUAUCCCCGACACGCGAGUUGUCUAUGCAGACCUUUGGCGUUCUCAAGGAACUCAUGAAGUACCACCAUCACACUUAUGGCUUGCUGAUGGGAGGCGCAAACAGGAAAACCGAGGCACAGAAACUAUCUAAGGGCAUAAACAUUGUGGUAGCUACACCUGGUCGAUUGUUGGAUCACCUUCAAAACACUCCUGAUUUUUUGUAUAAAAAUCUUCAGUGCCUAAUUAUCGAUGAGGCCGAUCGCAUAUUGGAUAUUGGUUUUGAAGAGGAAUUAAAACAGAUUAUCAAUAUUCUGCCUAAAAGAAGACAGACGAUGUUGUUCAGUGCGACACAGUCUCAGAAAACGGAAGCUCUGACUACCCUAGCUCUAAAAAAAGAGCCGAUAUACGUGGGGGUGGAUGACGAAAAAGAAAAGGCAACUGUCGAGGGUUUGGAACAAGGCUAUGUUGUGUGUCCGAGUGAGAAACGUUUCCUGCUGCUGUUCACCUUCCUUAAGAAGAAUCGGAAGAAGAAGGUUAUGGUAUUCUUCAGCUCCUGCAUGUCUGUCAAAUAUCAUCAUGAACUAUUGAAUUACAUCGACCUACCGGUGAUGAGCAUACACGGAAAGCAAAAGCAAACUAAACGCACUACGACGUUCUUCCAAUUUUGUAAUGCAACCACUGGUAUUCUUCUCUGUACCGACGUUGCAGCUCGAGGUCUUGACAUUCCUGAUGUUGAUUGGAUCGUGCAAUAUGAUCCGCCGGAUGAUCCUAAGGAAUAUAUACACAGAGUUGGAAGAACAGCACGUGGAGAAGGUAGCAGUGGUCAUGCCUUGAUGGUUCUGCGGCCAGAGGAAUUAGGAUUUCUGCGUUACUUGAAGCAGGCACGAAUUCCGGUCAAUGAAUUUGAUUUCUCGUGGAACAAGAUCGCUGAUAUACAGUUACAACUUGAAAAAUUGAUAUCGAAAAACUACUUUUUGAACACCUCCGCUAAGGAGGCCUUCAAAGCUUACGUACGGGCGUACGAUUCUCAUCAUCUGAAGCAGAUCUUCGACGUCGAGACUCUGGAUUUAUCCAAAGUUGGUAAAUCGUUUGGAUUCAUCGUACCGCCUGCCGUUGACCUGAAAGUUGGAAUAAGCAAGGAUUCCAGACCGAGGAAAAGACAGGGGGGCGGUGGUUACGGUCACUUCAAGAACAUGAACGCGAAUCCAAGUGGACGAAGACAAGUUGAUCGCUCAAAGACUUUCAGGCAAUCUGGAAAUCGGGGAAAAUCAGAUCGCCGUCAAUUUGCGAGAUAGGGAAUUAUAAUUUUAAUUGUAUACGUAUUAACCCGCGGCGACACGCGACGUGUGUCGAUAUUUGUUGAAUAAAAAAAAAAGACAAACGAUUUGACAAACAUUUCUACGGUUAUCGGUUACCUACGAAUUUCCCGCAUCUGUAGGAGACCUUGAGCUGUCGGAUUCUCAAAAUAUCAAAUAUAUAAAUACAUUUUUUUUUAUCGGUAUCAAAUCAAGAUCCGUAUUAUAUGUCACCAUUUUUUUUUUCUCAACAUUGAACGUGUGGAACAUGGAAACGUGCAGCAUUCGUUUCGUAAUCGGGAAGGGGUAAAAUUUUUCGCGAUAUGAAAAUAGAUCCGAGCGUGAUUUGCUAUGUAAUAUACGAUAUCACGUGUCUCCGUGUGUACGUGUGUGUAACUUGAUCUGUGACAAUAUAGUAUCUUUAAUUCAUCCCGCAGACUUGUGAGUUGUUUAGCAUCGAGAACGCGUAAUGAAAUUAUUAAAGUAUAUACGCGGCGUUGAUGUACAUACGCGUAGGUUGGCCAAGCAGCCAUAUUUCUUUCUGGCACUUAGAUUUCUUGCUACGUCUCGGCGUCGUCGCUGCUGUAUGGUUUUCACAUACAUCCAGUACACGUCCUCAUGUCACUUCAUUUCGCGUUCAAUUUUCACACGUUCUUUUAACAAUAUGCAUUUGUCGUUUACUGGGCUAUGGAAAGCCGAAAACGGUUACAGAUUUUACAGAUACAGAACAAUACGCAUGCCAUGUAGACGAGAACAUCAAGCAAACUUGCACGGUUUUUUACGUGUGAAACUAAACUGGGGCAAAGAUUGUCUGAUUGCUCGUAUAAAUCUGGUUCUAAUUUAUCCGCUUUCGCAGAUUCCUGUUCAACGCUUUGUUGAAUUAGAUCAGAUUGUUCUUCGUCUUGUAUAAUCUCUGCAUAGUAAUAUUCUUAGCGACGGGUAAACUGGCGUCUUGCACAAAUUAUGCAAGCAAUAUACAUAUGAUGCGUGCUGGGUAAACAGGCGUUAUAAGUCGACUAUAUAACAUCUAAUUUUGUAUGGUUGAAUCAUUGAAUCUAUCUUCUAUAAUCCUACCUUGGACUCGGUGCUGAAUAAAAGUAUGACUAUAUUUUUAACUUUUUAACAUGAUUAUUAUUGUUAUCAUCGUCACAUUAUAUCAUUUUAGUUUAAAGUUUAUUUGAAAACACGUCUUCACAUCCACUAUAAGACACAGAUGU